GGCCAUCAAAGCUCGAAGUGAUCGCCCACGGAAAGCUCUUGCAAAAGCAGUUCCAGUGAGAUAGUGAGACCUUGAGAGUUGAGAAAUCACCCAGUUCGGUGUGCUGAAUCGGCGGACUGACCUCAAAAGGUGGACUAACUGUUAGGGUUCAUCUGGAUUUCAAUAAUGAGUGUGUGGAACUACGUAGUGACGGCUCACAAGCCCACGAACGUCACGCAUUCCUGCGUCGGAAAUUUCACCAGUCCUCAAGAGCUUAAUCUCAUAAUUGCGAAAUGCACCCGUGUUGAGAUUCAUUUGCUUACUCCUGAGGGUUUGCAGCCCUUGUUGGAUGUGCCGUUAUAUGGGAGAAUUGCGACACUGGAGCUUUUUCGUCCACAUGGUGAAGCUCAGGAUCUUCUAUUUAUCGCAACAGAAAGAUAUAAAUUCUGUGUACUUCAGUGGGAUCCCGAGGCCUCAGAGGUUAUUACGAGAGCUAUGGGAGAUGUCUCAGAUCGAAUUGGUCGUCCAACAGAUAAUGGCCAGAUUGGUAUCAUUGACCCUGACUGCAGAUUGAUUGGGCUUCAUUUGUAUGAUAGUUUGUUUAAGGUUAUUCCAUUUGACAACAAAGGGCAGCUUAAGGAAGCAUUCAACCUUAGGCUUGAGGAGCUGCAGGUUUUGGAUAUCAAGUUUCUCUACGGUUGCCCCCAGCCUACAAUAGCUGUUCUUUACCAGGACAAUAAAGAUGCUCGUCAUGUCAAAACAUAUGAAGUUGCUUUGAAGGAAAAAGAUUUCAUUGAGGGACCAUGGUCUCAAAACAAUCUUGAUAAUGGGGCUGAUUUGCUUAUUCCAGUUCCUCCACCUUUGUGUGGCGUUCUUAUCAUUGGGGAAGAAACAAUUGUGUACUGCAGUGCUUCUUCAUUCAAGGCGAUCUCAAUUAGACCCUCAAUUACUAGAGCCUAUGGUAGGGUUGAUGCUGAUGGCUCUAGGUACUUACUUAGUGAUUUUGUUGGUCUUCUUCAACUUCUUGUUAUUAUGCACGAGAAAGAUAAAGUAACUGGACUCAAAAUUGAGCUCUUGGGAGAAACUUCUGUUGCAUCAACGAUAUCUUAUCUGGAUAAUGCGGUCGUGUAUAUUGGGUCAAGCUAUGGAGACUCACAGCUUAUAAAACUGAACCUCCAACCUGAUCCAAAAGGCUCUUAUGUGGAAGUUUUAGAAAGAUAUGUCAAUCUGGGCCCAAUUGUGGACUUUUGUGUUGUCGAUUUGGACGGUCAAGGUCAGGUGGUGACCUGCUCUGGAGCUUACAAAGAUGGUUCUCUCCGCAUAGUUCGGAAUGGAAUUGGUAUCAAUGAACAGGCAUCUGUAGAACUUCAAGGAAUCAAAGGAAUGUGGUCUCUUAGAGGCUCUUCUGAUGAUCCAUAUGACACAUUCUUAGUUGUCAGUUUCAUUGGUGAUACAAGGAUUUUAGCAAUGAAUCUUGAGGAUGAGUUGGAAGAAACUGAGAUAGACGGUUUCUGCUCUGAAGUCCAGACUUUGUUUUGUCAUGAUGCUGUCUACAAUCAACUUGUUCAGGUUACUUCAAGCUCAGUUAGGCUGGUCAGUUCUAUCAACAGAGAGUUGCGUCAUGAAUGGCAUGCUCGAUCAGGGUACUCUAUAAAUGUUGCAACUGCUAAUGCCACCCAGGUUUUAUUGGCUACUGGUAGUGGUCAUCUGAUUUACUUGGAAAUUGGUGAUGGAAUAUUGACAGAAACAAAACAUGCACAACUGGAAUAUGACGUCUCUUGCCUUGAUCUAAGUCCCAUUGGUGAAAAUGCAAAGCACAGUCAGCUAGCAGCAGUGGGAAUGUGGACAGAUAUAAGUGUUCAAAUAUUUUCUCUUCCUGAUUUGAAUCUCAUUACAAAAGAGAACUUGGGCGGAGAAAUUAUACCACGUUCCGUUCUUCUAUGUUCACUUGAAGGGGUAUCAUACUUGCUUUGUGCCCUUGGAGAUGGCCAUUUAUUGAGCUUCUUGUUGAAUAUAAACACUGGAGAGUUAACUGAUAGGAAAAAGGUGUCUUUGGGAACCCAACCUAUAACACUUCGCACUUUCUCAUCCAAGAAUACCACCUAUGUGUUCGCCGCAUCAGAUAGGCCCACAGUCAUCUACAGUAGCAACAAGAAAUUACUAUAUAGCAAUGUACAUCUGAAGGAAGUUAUCCAUAUGUGCCCCUUUAACUCAGCUGCUUUCCCGGAUAGCCUGGGAAUUGCAAAAGAAGGGGAACUUUCAAUUGGAACAAUUGAUGAUAUCCAAAAGCUUCAUAUACGGUCCAUCCCGCUAGGGGAGCAAGCCCGUCGAAUAUGUCAUCAAGAACAGACUAGAACAUUUGGCAUAUGCAGUUUGAAGUAUAACCAGUCAAACACAGAAGAAACUGAAAUGCAUUUUGUGCGUUUGCUUGAUGAUCAAACCUAUGAAUUCAUAUCAACUUAUGCAUUGGACCAAUACGAGUAUGGAUGUUCCAUUAUUAGUUGCUCCUUUUCUGAUGAUCACAAUGUGUAUUACUGUAUCGGGACAGCAUAUGUUAUGCCUGAGGAGAAUGAGCCAACCAAGGGCCGAAUACUUGUAUUCUUGGUUGAGGAUCAGAAGUUGCAACUAAUUACGGAGAAGGAAACCAAAGGAUCUGUUUAUUCUCUGAAUUCGUUUAAUGGGAAGCUGCUUACUGCAAUUAAUCAAAAGAUCCAGUUAUUCAAAUGGACGACACGAGAUGAUGGUACCCGUGAGCUAAUGCCUGAAUGCGGGCAUCAUGGCCAUAUACUUGCCCUUUACGUGCAGACACGUGGGGAUUUCAUUGUUGUUGGUGAUCUGAUGAAAUCUAUCUCUCUUCUAAUUUACAAGAACGAGGAGGGUGCCAUCGAGGAGUGCGCACGAGAUUACAACGCAAAUUGGAUGUCCGCAGUUGAGAUUCUGGACGACGAUGUUUACCUUGGUGCCGAAAACAAUUUCAACCUCUUCACGGUCCGAAAGAACAGCGAAGGUGCGACCGAUGAGGAGAGGAGUCGUUUGGAGGUAGUUGGUGAAUACCAUUUGGGCGAAUUCAUUAACAGAUUCCGUCAGGGCUCUCUAGUGAUGCAGUCCCCUGAUUCCGAAAUGGGUCAGAUCCCAACUGUAAUAUUUGGCACAGUCAACGGAGUUAUCGGAAUAAUUGCAUCUCUCAACCAUGAGCAAUAUGUUUUCUUCGAGAAGCUGCAGUCAAAUAUGAGGAAAGUGAUAAAGGGUGUUGGAGGACUGAGCCAUGAACAAUGGAGGUCGUUCUACGAGAAGAAGACUGUGGAUGCUAGGAAUUUCUUGGAUGGGGAUCUGAUCGAGUCGUUUCUCGACCUUGGCAGGGGGAGAAUGGAGGAAAUUUCUAUGUCUAUGUCUGUUCCGGUUGAGGAGCUUAUGAAUAGAGUGGAAGAGAUGGCCAGGUUGCAUUGAUGUAAUUUCUCCCUCGGGUUUGAUGUGUGGAAUUUUAACUGUGCUAGAUAGAUGUGUAUGAUAUGGUAAUGCUAGUAGAAACAGUUUGGGACCAUGGAUGGUUAGGGAGAAAACUAACUUGCUAGUGUCUACUAUGAGAUUGAUGCAAAGACUUUUGAUUUUGAGCAUAGUAUUUGAGUUUAAAU